AUGUUUGAAGUUGAUGAAAUACCGGAUAAUGUUUGUGGUGUCAUUGGGAAUCGCUAUGUAAUUGCAGCGCCUGUUGAUGAACCGAUUAAGAAAGCAUUCAUGCAUUUUCAUUUGUAUGACGAUUUUCCAAAGAGCGAAAAAGAAAAGCCAUUGUAUGCGAUGAUUGGUUACAAUGCGAAAUCAUAUGGACCAAUACAUGUGUCUAUUAAAGUGCUGGAAACAGUUGAGAACAGAAGUGCACAUUUUCCAGAAAUUGUUCAACGAGGAAAAAUUGAAAAACUUUAUUUUGGAAGCGAAGGAGAGCAAGAAGUGGAACACGAUCCGGAAUAUGGAGGUCGACCAUUCGUAAUCGUUAAAUACGACGCUACACCGAUAUCGGUGUUAUCCGUUUUAUCACCAGAAAAAACAAUACCAACCGUAUUAGCCUUAAUGAUCGGUCUUGGAUGUAUUCGAGCAUUGGCAGCUCUAAAUCGUGCUGGUUUUGUGCAUCGUUUUGUGUCACCGUAUAAUUUCGCUAUCACAAAUCCAUUAACAAAAAAAAAUAUCAUGGAUAAGAUGAUUAUCACAGAUUUUAGUGCUGUUUUACCCUGGCCAUGCAAGCCACGCAUAUUUGUACCAUUUAUUGGUUCUUAUCGGUACAGCUCUGUAAGAGCACAUUGGGGACGUGAACAAGGUCCUUCAGAUGAUAUCAUAUCAGUAAUUUAUAUGGUUGCUGAAAUGUUACACGGAAAAUUACCAUGGCGAUCGCUAAUGGAUGAUGAGGAUCGAAUUUGCUACAUUAAAACGUAUUUUUACAAAACAAAAGCUUUUAAAAAAUUGCCACGUCAGUUGCGACAGAUUUAUCGAGAAAUGCUCUCGAAAACAGGUUCGGCAGCUGUUGACUUUAAAUUUGUCAUUGAACUGUUCAAAAAAGCGAUUGAUAGCAGAGAUCACAAUAAUAAGUUUCAAAUACCAAAAUGGCUUUUCUAUAAUCAAAGCACUACUUCUUGA